AAUUGCGGUAAAUUGAGAAAUUGAACGUAAGGCGCUAAUAAAUACAAGAUAAGAAACAACGCCAAAAUGGCACGCUCAGUGCUGAGCUAUGCCCUCCACAAAUUUCAGACCGAGAAGGCGCAAAAGCUGAUGUCAAAGGCGAACAAUGCGACCGACCGUGAAUUGUUUGCGGCAUUUAACGCGGCGACCAAAAUAACCUCUGAGGAUCUGCAGCGCGAGUACAGCAGCGAGGAAGUGAAGUCCCUGUGUCUGCGUACCAAAGUACGCGUGAAAAUGCACUACUUCAACUCUGUGUGGGACGCCAAAUUGAAGCGGGAGAAGAAGGGACGCCUUGCGAAUAAGUCCGAUUCGGCCAUAAACGCCAUGCUCGUCAGAGCGACGAAAAAGGAAAAAUAUAAACCCUAUACAGCCAAACAUGUAGCCCAAUACAAUCACAUAGCCAAGUGUGAGCUUAAAAGGAAGAAUAAUUUGCGAUUGGAUCGUUGGAAGCGAGAAAGGCGGACGUCACAGACAUUGACACGUUCUGAGCCGGAAUCACAUGGAAUUCAACCCGGAAAUGUUUCGGCUGGGCUGGCAUCUCCACCGGCACGAUUUGAGCUGAAAUUGCCGGAUAUGCCUGUAUUAUAACUGGAAUAACUUGCGCAAACACCGGCAACUCAGUAAUAAAAAAAAAAAAAAAUUCUUAAUUUUUAUUGUCACAAACUAUCUCUAGUGUUGAAAUUACAAGACUCAGUGGCGCCAUGGCAGUGUUUGUUCUUGGAACUAGUUUCGCAGGCAGUCUGGCAACCCCUCGUUCUUAUAAAAUUUGUAAGCAAUUCAAUUGGAAUCCAUUCGCAUGUAUUUCGCGGAUUUUGAAUGGAAGAGGCAGCGAAUGGAACCCCGCAGUCGGCGCGGAGACCACGGCUUGGUCUGAUGAGACGGGCGUGCCACACCACGCCUUUGUUGCGGCUGCAGCGGGAGGAAUUGGGAACCACUACACCUACAGAUCGGACAGAACAAGAGACUCCUCGCGCCCUUCCGCUGUCCACAAAUAGUCGCAAACGCAUCGGAUUGUCCCGCAUCCGUACGGAGCUGACCAAGAAGCGGCUGGAGUUCGCAGCCGUAAGCCAACUUAAGGAGAAGACCAGCGAGAAGGAGUCCACUCCAAGAGAAAAAGAAAACAAACCACAAGCAAAGAAUAAAGCGGAACGUACAGUGGCCAGAAAGUUGCAAGAGGAUGAAAGGGGCAAGAUAGUAGAAGACAAGGACCGACUGGAAGAGGAUGAUGAAAGAGCCAAGAUAGUGGAAGACAAAGAGCAAAUGGAAGAGGAGGAUGUAGAAGUAGUGGACAAAGAGCAAAUGGAAGAGGAGGAUGAUGAAGUAGAACCACAGGACAGCAGAAUCGCCGAGCUGCAGGCAGACAUCGAGACCUGGCGGCGGGGAUUCAUAGCUACUAUGAACGACCUGCAGGCCAUGGUCGAUCCCCGGCCGACAAAGAAGGCCGUGUUGAUACAACUAGGUAUUCCUCUCGAGAUGCUGCGGUACCUGGAGGAGGACUGACACUCGGACAAUGCUUCACGGUGGCAAAAUGUAUUACUCCGCAAUAAAAACAGAUUGUGAACAAAAC